AUGGAAGAGGAAAGUAAAAGUACGAAAUUUAAAACCUUAAAGGAUAGAGUAUCUAAACCAACAUUGGAUGCAGUUAAAAAUCUAGGAUUUAAGUAUAUGACUGACAUUCAAGCUGAGGUAAUACCUAAAGCAUUGGAUGGAGCAGAUAUAGUAGCCACAGCAAAGACCGGUUCAGGCAAAACAUUAGCAUUUUUGAUUCCUGCUAUAGAGGUAGUGGCUAAACUAUCAAGAAAGAAAAUCCAAGGUACUUAUUGUAUAAUAAUCUCACCAACAAGAGAGCUUGCAACUCAAACCUAUCAGGUACUACAAGAUAUGAUAUCAUACCAUGAUGGACUUACUUCAACAUUAGUUAUAGGUGGAGAAAGUAGAAGGGCACAAAGCAAUAAACUUGCCUUUGGUGCCCAUAUAGUUGUUGCAACUCCAGGACGGUUAUUUGAUCACAUGCGAACAAAAGAAUUUGACUACAGAUAUGUAAAUUGUUUAAUAUUGGAUGAAGCCGAUAAAAUUUAUCAAUAUGGCUUUGAAGAAGACUUAAAACAAAUAAUUUCACGGUUGCCAAAAGAAAGACAAACAAUGCUUUUUAGUGCUACAAAGUCGGAGACAACAGAUGCAUUAAUAAAAUCAGCUUUGCGAGCAGACUUACACUCCAUAAAUACAAAUGAAGACAAUGAUAAGGCAACUGUUGCAGGAUUAAAACAGGGGUAUGUAAUUUGCGAAACAGAAUACCGGCUAAGUUGGUUACAUAAGUUACUGAAAAAGACGCAGAAUCUGAAAGUCAUGGUAUUCUUUUCUAGUUGUAAGUCGGUUGUGUUUCAUCACGAAUUUUUUACCAAAUAUUGUAAUAUGUCAGUGCUAUGCAUUCAUGGUAAAAUGAAUCAAACUGACCGGACUGCUACCAUUACAAAUUUUUAUAAUGCUGAAAAAUUAGCAUUAUUUUGCACAGAUUUAGCAGCUAGGGGUCUAGAUAUUCCAGCAGUGGAUUGGAUAGUGCAGUUCGAUCCACCCUCUGAUGCGAAUGAAUACAUACAUAGAGUUGGCAGAACAGCUCGAGGUUUAGGCGCAGCGGGGCAUGCGGUAUUGUUAUUGAGGCCGGAAGAAAAAGAAUUUAUAGAUUAUUUAAAAGAAUCGAAAAUCUACUUAGACAAGUACGAAUUCUGGAACAAAUUGAGCAAUCUACAGAAAAAGCUGGAUGCAGCACAUGAAGAUCCUGAAUUCAAGAAAGUAGCUGAAGAAGCGUUUGAAGGUUAUAUUAGAGCUUUUGAAGUAAAGAAGUUAAAGCAUAUUUUCAAUUUGUUAACAAUGGACAUGGAUUCCGUCGCAAAAUCAUUUGGUUUGAAAGGAAAACCUGAUGUUGAUAUACGUGUUGGAUUCAGUAAGAAACAUAGACCAAGAAAGAGAAUAGCUGCUUUGCUUGCUGCAACUGGUUCAAUCGAAGCGACAAAACAUUUGAAAAUUUAA